CCAAAAUGGCGGCAGAUUUGAGCUCGAAUGGAUUAAAAAAACAGCUUGGUUUAUUAACAGUGGAAUAGUUAGGUGAUGUGAUCAGAGAUUGUCCACGAAAUCUUCCUUUUUUAAUGAUGAGGGUUGUUGCUUUAAUCAGCGGGGGAAAGGACAGCUGUUACAACAUGAUGCAGUGCGUUCAACAAGGUCACACUAUCGUUGCACUUGCUAAUCUGAAGCCAAGAGGGGAAGCUGAUGAACUGGACAGCUAUAUGUACCAGACUGUGGGUCACAAUGCCAUAGACCUGUACGCUGAGGCCAUGGACUUGCCUCUGUAUCGAGGGACAAUACAGGGAUCUUCAGUGGAUCAAGGAAAAGUGUACACAGAAAACCAAGGAGAUGAAGUUGAAGACCUCUACAAACUUCUUAAGAAUAUCAAGGAGAACAUUGAGUUUGAUGCAGUGUCUACAGGAGCUAUUUUGUCUGAUUAUCAACGAAUUAGAGUGGAACAUGUCUGCUCCAGACUGGGAUUAUCCUCACUAGCUUAUCUUUGGCGACGUGAUCAAACAGAGUUGCUUGGUGAAAUGAUUUCCUCUGGAGUUGAAGCCAUUCUAAUAAAAGUAGCUGCAAUGGAUCUAAGUCCAAAGAGACAUUUGGGACUGCCCAUAGCAGAUAUGUAUUCUCUAAUGUGUAAACUGAAAGACAAAUAUGGCUCAAAUGUUUGUGGGGAAGGAGGAGAGUAUGAAACUUUUACUCUGGAUUGUCCUUUGUUCAAGAAAAAAAUUGUCAUAGAUGAAAGCGAAAGUGUCAUUCAUUCAGAUGAUGCCUUUGCUCCUGUGGGCUUUCUUCGCUUCAAGAAAAUGCAUGUGGAGGAUAAACUACUUGAUGAGGUUAAUUCAGAGCUGUGCCUAGAAAACCACAAUCAUGGGGAAUCAUUUGACAAGUUGGAAGUACUGCCAGACAACACAACAGAUAGAAAAGAAAAGGGAAUUGUGGAGAGAAGGCUGAAUAUAAAGAUUCCCAUGAGUCAACCAGAGUUAAGGAAGGAACUUCAAGGUAGAAUCCUCUUUAGCAGAUGUGGUGACUAUAUUUGGCUUUCUGGGAUAUAUGGUCAUUGCACUGUUGAAGGGGAAAAGUUAGCAAUUGAAGAUGUAACAAGAAAUGUGUUCCAGAGUUUACAAGAUACACUUUCAAGUUUGAAGGCAUCCUUGUCUGAUGGAAUGAUGGUUCACCUAUUUGUGAAGAACAUGGAUGACUUUGCCAAAGUCAAUUCUGUUUACAAGAGGUUUUUAUCAGUGAACCCUCCUGCAAGGGCUUGUAUUCAGCUCAACUUACCAGAGGAUGUUGCCAUUCAAGUUGAUUGCCUUGUAUUUGCUGCUGAAGGUGCUAACAAUUCACUGCGAGAAGCUAUGCAUGUUCAGAGCAUUUCUCACUGGGCGCCAGCAAAUAUUGGACCUUACAGCCAGGCAACAAAGGUCAGAGACACCAUAUUUGUCUCUGGUUCCAUUGGUUUAUGGCCAUCAGCAAUGACAAUGGUGUCUGGUGGUAUCUUGAGGGAGGCACCACUGUCUCUUCAACAUGUUGACAGAAUCUUAACAGCACUGAAUGUGGUAGAAUCACUACAAAGUGUUGUGCAUGGAUUUUGUUUUCUAACAUCAUCUGUUUCCGUGCCAGUUGCAAAGAACGCUUGGAGCUGUGCAUUGAAAGAUAAGGUAACAGGUAGACAGUGUGAGAACAGUAAGACAGAAAAAGGAUCACCAACAGGAUUAAUGUCAUAUAUCAUUGUGCCUGCAUUACCCAAAGGAGCCUUGAUUGAAUGGCAUGUUGUAGCACAGGAAAGUGGUUUCCAGCAUUUGUAUAACUCAACGUCUGCUGAUAGGGGGAGUUUCAGUGUUGUUGUAAAAAGCAUUGCUGUCAAAGGAAACAUUAACAGCAGCUUUGCCGCUAACAUAGCAGUUGAGAGUACAUCAGCUGAUUUUACCCUGGAGGAAGUCAUGGUGACAUUUGUUAAUGAGUUAAAAUGCUGCACCUCACAACACGACUUCAGCCUUUCUCAUCUGAUGUACUUGAGAAUAUUUUAUGUCAAAGGUGUUAUGGACCAUUGGAAUGCACAGGACUUAAUUCAUAGGAGUUUGGAGAGGACUGCAGUUUUGGUUCCUGCCUUUUCUCUGAUACCUGUGGAUGCUCUUGAAAAGGAAAACACGGUGAUGCUUUUCUGUUAUUUCCUACAGAAAGCAGAAAAUGGAUCUCUUGCGGACUGACUGGAGGCUAAAUUCAGUUGUAAAUCAAGAGAAAGGGUACCAGAAGUCCGAACCCCACCCCUCCCUUUACCAGUGGAUUUUUUAACAAAUUGUCACCUGACCCCAAAAUUCUUGCAACAAAGGCAAAGGUAACAUGUCAAGAAUGGCAAGAGUAAAACUUUGAUAAAUACUUGGAGGCAUUGGAAGUCUGUGUGCUGGAAAGAAGACUGCUAUAGAGGCCAACAAAAUUACUGUUUGGAAUUUUCUGUAUACUUAAGACUACUAUUACCCUCAUGAAAUGCCACAUCCACCAGAUGUUCAAUUCCUAGAGCACUACAAGACUUAUUGUCUAACUUAAUGACUGAUCAAAAAUAAAGCGCUGAUACACUUUGGAAGAACA